UGGUUAAGGGUUGUGAAAUUUGUGAAAAGAAUUUCAAGAUGGCGACCGAGGAGCGAAACGCAAACGGUGAAAUAGCGACAAAUGACGCUACAGCGCCAGCUGAAAAUGGCCAAGGCGAGAACCAACAGCAGCAACAACAACAGGAGUCACCAUGGAAGGGUAUUCUUUUCAGAAUCUUUAUUUUUUGGUUUGUGACCAACUUGUUUCGAGGCAAACAACAGCAACCAAGCAGCGAUUCUCCCAGCGGCAUGAGCUUAAAGCCGGCUACGAAUUUAUUCAAUACCAAUCAAAAGAUGGAGCUGUACGUUUACUUGUCUGAGUUGAGUAACUUUCAAAACUUUGAGGACAAAGGUUCUCUGAUCUGGCACCAGAAAGAUCUCCAGUUUGGUAACUGGACUGACGGCCCAGCCAAGGAUGGGGUGUUUAUGUUCAGCACACAGCUCAAGACUUCAGAGAACUUAAUGAACAAUGGCUCAUUGUAUGCACAUGUUUACAUCACCAAGAUUGGUAAAAACCCCAACCCUGCCUCUCCCAAGUUUGACAAGCGAGCUGUGGUUUACAGAAGUAAAAUGCUCACUGUAUAUAAGAAAAGAAGAGUAAGCAAAACCGUGAAUUUACUCUAUGGUAGUACAGAGGCUCCUCCUGAGCAGCAAAUAAAAGACCCCAAGAAAGAGCAGGAGAUAAUUAAUUACUGGCAUCCUAACUUGACAAUUAACAUGAUGGAUGACCAGACGCCCUGGACGCCUGGCUCUGUACCUCCCCCCAUGGAUGAGUUUAUUGAGUUUGACAAUGUGACCAGUAAAUACUAUCCUCUCCUCUACCUGAACACUUAUUGGAACCUUGGCAGCGAGUACAUGCCAAUCAAUGAGACAACUCCUACCUUGGACCUGCAUCUGACCUACAGUCCCAUCUCCCUGUUUAAGUGGCAGAUGUACGAGUCUCAGCGUAUGCGGCAGAAGUGGUUCUCUGUCUUGGGAGAUGACAUGCAGCAAUCUGAGGAGGAACAGGAUGCUAUGAAGAGGACAAUUGUGGAGACAAACCCCUACCUUCUAGGGGUGACUAUGAUUGUGACUCUGGUGCACACAGUCUUUGAAUUUCUAGCCUUCAAAAAUGAUAUCCAAUUCUGGCGAAGCCGCAAGACACUAGAGGGCCUGUCUGUGAGAUCAGUGUUCUUUAACGUUUUCCAAGCAACGGUUGUCCUUCUGUAUGUUGCUGAUAAUGACACCAACACUGUCAUCAUCAUCAGCUGCUUUGUAGGACUACUGAUUGAAUUAUGGAAAAUCAAUAAAGUUGUUAAUAUCAAGUUGGACAGAGAAAAUCGUAUUCUUGGAAUGUUCCCUCGCAUUAGUUUUGAGGACAAGGAAAGCUACGUUGAGUCAUCUACAAGAGUUUAUGAUCAGAUGGCUUUCAAGUACUUAUCGUGGGCGUUAUUCCCAUUACUUGUGUGCUACUGCAUCUAUUCCUUGUUCUAUGUUGAGCACAAGGGUUGGUAUUCCUGGGUGCUUAGCAUGCUUUAUGGAUUUCUUCUCACAUUUGGGUUCAUCACCAUGACUCCCCAGCUGUUCAUCAACUACAAGCUCAAGUCGGUAGCUCAUCUCCCCUGGAGGAUGAUGACGUACAAGGCUCUAAACACCUUUAUUGAUGACUUGUUUGCUUUUGUCAUUAAGAUGCCCAUGAUGUAUCGCAUAGGCUGUUUUAGAGAUGAUAUUGUAUUCUUCAUUUACCUCUACCAACGCUGGAUUUAUAAGGUUGAUCACAAGCGGGUCAACGAAUUUGGCCUGACUGGGGAAGAUCUUGCUAAUGGUGGGGCUCCUGUGGAAGAUGCUGCACAGGGAACCCAGCAACAGCAGGUUGUUGAGGGAACCUCACAAGCUUCAGACAAAAAGAAUGACUAAGUAAUUACAGAUGCAGAGCAAAAAGAGCUUCUCUGAAUAUGAAAAAUAAGAUUCAAGUGUGCAGGGCUACACUGCCACUGUUCUGCUUAUUUGUUAUUUACAAGUCCUUUGUCUAGUCCAGAUAUUUUUAUUGGUGGAUAAAUUGUAAGUUUAAAGAGAGGGAAAAUUCUCCUUUAUGUUGCUUUUGUUUAUAGCAAGUUGUAAACUGAACAAAGUGUAAAGCUUCUGAAUUGUACAAUUUUUCAUUUUAUUCAGAGUUUGCUCCUGUAAAUUACAUUGCUCACUUUUUUAUUUAUUGACUGGACGAGAAAUCGCUCCAAAAUUUACUUUUCUGGUUUAUUUGCAUAUGAAAAUGAUUUUGAUUAUUUAGUUCACUUUUUUUUCUGUAAACUUCUGUUAUUUUUUUUUUAAUUCUGACAUAACAAGAUUUUACUCUGGGAGAUAAGUGCCAUUGUCCUAGAGCUUCAAACGAGCUUGAGUUAACAAGGGAACUCCCUUGUCUCAAGCAAUCGUGGAUUCAGCUGUGGCUUAUACUGUGAAUAACUGGGAGAUAUUUGAGGCUUUGCUGUGCAUAAAAUCCCUCACCCACUCCAUGGUACUGGCUUGGUUGUUGAUGUGUAAGAAGGCUUACUAUGCACACCCUAUAGCGGCAGAUGGAUAAAAUUUAUAUCUUCAGAUAAAGUUGUAAAUGGGUAAGGGAACGUAAAUAAAAAAGGUUUUAAAACUUA